UUGACGUUUCUGUCAACAAUGUUUGAUGCGAGUUUUGAUUCGCGACUCUGCAAGUAAUGAUUACAUGUUUUGAAUUAUUCUGAUGCCAAUUAGUGAUAAACUGAGCGUUCAGGGACGUACAUCAGCUUUGAUACAAUAUAUUAACGUGUUUUGUUAAAAUUUAACGCGUACCUUCUAAUAAAUGUUAAUAAAAGAAAUUGAUUAAAUAACGAAGCGAUAAUUAGAUCAUGAAGUUAUUUAUUCUAUCUUUGGUACUGGGGAUAGCCUGGGGUAGAAGGUUUAAUAUUUUUAAUCCGAGUCCCUAUGAGUGUACUCACUGCCAGCCAGAGCAGGUCCAUAUUGCGUUUGGAGACAAGAGCAACGACAUAGUGGUAACAUGGUCGACGUUCAACGACACGCAGGAGUCGCGCGUGCAGUACGGCGCGGGCAUCAUGGACCAGGAGAGCAGAGGCUCCAGCAAGCUGUUCGUGGACGGCGGCAGCCUGAAGCGGAGCCAGUACAUCCACACCGUGGUGCUCAAGAACCUCAAGUAUAACACCAAAUAUGUUUACCACGCGGGCUCUGUGUACGGCUGGUCGGAGAUGUUCUGGUUCCGCGUGCCGCCCGCCGGCGAGGACUGGCCCGUGCGCGCCGCCAUUUACGGGGACAUGGGCAACAAGAACGCACAGUCCCUCUCAUACCUCCAAGACGAGGCCCAGCGCGACAAGUUCGACGUGAUCCUGCACGUGGGCGACUUCGCGUACGACAUGGACACGGACGAGGCGCGCGUGGGCGACGAGUUCAUGCGGCAGAUACAGCCGCUGGCCGCGCUCGUGCCAUACAUGACCUGUCCCGGGAACCACGAGCAGGCCUAUAACUUCAGUAACUACGCGAACCGGUUCCGCAUGCCGGGCCGCGACUCCUCGCUGUACUACAGCUUCGACCUCGGGCCCAUACACUUCGUGUCCAUAUCCACGGAGGUCUACUACUUCACGCAGUACGGCCUCAAGCUCAUCGUCAGCCAGUACGAAUGGCUCAAGAAAGACCUCGCUAAAGCCAACCUGCCCCAAAAUAGAGCAAAGCGUCCGUGGAUUAUUCUUUUCGGUCAUCGUCCGAUGUACUGCAGUGACUCGAAUGACAUCGACUGCAGCUGCGAGUACACCAGGGUCGGUCUGCUCGGCGUGUAUGGGCUGGAGCCGCUGCUGCGCGAGUUCCGCGUGGACGCGGCCGUGUGGGCGCACGAGCACUCGUACGAGCGCACGUGGCCGCUCUACGACAACCGCGUCUACAACGGCACGCGCCAGCCCUACCACAACCCGCGAGCUCCGGUUCACAUAAUAACGGGCUCGGCCGGCUGCCAGGAGGGCAGGGAUCACUUCCUAAACAAGCAGCCGAAAUGGUCCGCGUUCCGCUCGCAAGACUACGGCUACACAAAGUUCAAGGCGUUCAACAAAACGCACAUCCACAUGGAACAGGUGUCAGUUGACCUUGAGGGGCAGGUGAUCGAUUCGUUUUGGCUGAUCAAAGACAAACCGGUGCCAGUUUUUAAGAUAUAGAAUUCAUGCACUCAUAUUUAGAAGGAGCAACCCGUGAUCAAACCGCAUCAAUAGUAGUUUCAGAUCAGGGAUUCUUACCUCAUAUUACGAAAAAGGUUGUAUUAUUAUUUUAGAAAUAGGAAACUGCAGACUAAAUGCAAUGUUAGCUGAACAAAACUCACUCAAGCUUUGAAUUAUAAUAUUUAGGUACCUGUUACAUAUAGUGUAGAAAUAUUAAUAGUGUUACUCUGAAGCCUAAAUAUAAUACUCAUCGUAUGGCAAUAAGUAGCCAAUUUGGUAUUAAGUUCAAUUUAAUAGGAGUUUAUAAUGUACCAGCAAAGUAACAUAGUUAUCCCACUGAUUGAAAUACCUCACUCUGAAAUAUGCAUAUAUUUUACUCGCUUUAUAUUGUAGGAAAUAAUUAGUUAGGAGACGGUAGUCUGUAGCUCUUGCCAUUUAAGAUAUUUGCAGUU